UACAACUACGCCGUCGCCGGACAGUAAGAGCAGCCUCACCUUGCGCGCUCUUUCAUCUUGAAUGCUGAUGACCCUGGUUUUAGUGCGGGCACAAUGUGCGAUGCCGACGGCGAGCUGUUCAUCAAGCCGUGCACCACUUCGGAGAUCACCUUCUACGAAUCCGCACACGCAUUACAUCCCGACUUCUCUGAGUUGAUGCCUCUGUACCUGGGGAGCCUAUCGCUCAGUGAGGGCAUGACGGACGAGAUGAUCCAUGCCGCCAUUCCAGCCAUCGUCGAGAACGCCGACAUUCCCACCCCUAAGAAGGAAGAGAUCCAGUCGCACCUACACUUGGCUGAACGGCCAGUCAUCCUUCCCGAGCCCUCGCUCCAGCGCGCCGUUACCGACGGUGUGACGUGGAUACCGAGUAAGAGUCGCAAGAUCAUGACCGAUCGCGCCGUCGUACUGGAGAACGCGAGCUUCGGUUACAAAAAACCGAACAUCAUGGAUGCGAAACUGGGAAUCCGACUCUGGGCAGAUGAUGCGCCAUUGGAGAAGCGGAAUCGCUUCGACAAGAUUGCGACCGAGACGACGCACAUGAAGUACGGCUUCCGCGUCGCGGGCAUGCGUGUGUACAAGGGCUCUACGGAUGCAUCCGAAUUGGACGUGGAUGACUACCGCAUUUACGACAAGGACUGGGGCCGCUUCACCGUCAACAAUAACAACCUCCUGGAGAAGCUCAAGACAUUCAUCUUCAACGAGGCUGCCGGCAUUGACGAGGAGCUCGGCAAGAUUGUCGCCGGCGCAUUUGCCUCGGAUGUACGCAGAGUGCAAGAUGUGCUUGAGUCAGAAGAGAGCCGAAUGUUCUCGUCGAGUCUGCUAUUCGUGUUUGAGGGAGAUGGCGAGGCCCUCCGCGCGGCCAUAGAGGAGACAAGCGCCAGCGCCAGAGAGUCAGUAACCGAAAAGGCUUCAACAGCAGCGUCCGGCCGCGCUAACCUUAGGGUGGAUAGCGGGAUCGGAAUGGGCGAUGAUAUCGGCGAAGCCAAGAAGCCCAAAUCCGCAGAAGCAGACGAGACCAGCUCAGACAUUUCUGACGAUCUGGACGAGUUCUCGACCAUGCCUCACAUCUACAGUGUGAAGCUCAUUGAUUUUGCGCACGCAAGAUGGACUCCUGGUCAGGGUCCAGAUGAGAAUGUCCUUCUCGGCGUACGUAGUCUAGCUCAGCUGUUCGAGGAGAUGUCGCAAUGAGGCGCUUCAUUGUAAUAGUGACAUCUCGUGUAAGAUUAUGGGAAGUGGGUAAUGCAUUGAGACUAAGCAGGCAGGAAGAGGUGAAGGGCAUUUGCCAGCCGGAAACCAGAUGCUGCGGCAUAUGCGUCGUCAGCAGAUCACGCCCAAGGGUGAUUACAUCGCAUUGCAUCGAGACGGGAAAGACGGUACAGAGAAAAGUAGACAGUACGGGCGUUUUUUCGACUGGAGUUUGCCCAAUACCCCUCGCAUGUUACAUUCAUAGAUCAACCCUGUCCAAGGGGACUAGGGAUUAGGGAUGGUAUGUCAUGAUGACCAUGAUAAGUUUUACGGUUCCUGAUAGUUCUUCAUGAUUGAAUUGUAGGCAUCGUAACCAUUGCUUCCUCGUACUUCAUAAAGACUCGCAAAGCGUGUUGGAAUUCCAAAAAGAUGGAGUAUUGCCAGUUGUAAUUUCAGCGGUUUCAUGCAGCCUCUUUGCUUCAGGGUUGACCCC